AAGAUUGUUCUGAGGAAAUGUAAAAUGCACACAUUUCUACAACAACUGAGUGAAUAAGAAAAUAUUUUCAGAUGGGUCAUUUGGGUUUUUCGUUGUGAAAAUGAAACAUAUGGCCUUUGUAUGGGGUCCGUUGAUACGUAACCAUUCCUCUAUGGUUAGGAAUAGACCAUCUGCUGCAAACUUGUUUAGAGUUUUUGGUCCAUCAAAGCCUUCUCGUUUCGUUCAGAGUUGCUCGGUUUCGAAUGAAGCGUCAACUCCAUCCUCGAAACUUCGACAGCUUUUACGUUGUGAUGAUUUUCUUCUAAUGCCUUGUUGUUACGAUGCAAUGUCCGCAAAACUGAUAGAGAGACACGGUUUCAAGCUUAGUUUCAUGAGUGGCUUUGGGGUAUCUGCUCUUCAUGGGUUACCAGAUACUGGCUUGUUAUCCUAUGGUGAAGUGGUUUCCCAGUUAAGAUUCAUAACGGAAUCAGUACAUAUACCGAUCAUUGCUGAUGGGGACACAGGAUAUGGCAACCCUUUGAGUGUAAAGAGAACUGUCAAAGGCUUUGCCAAUGCUGGUGCUGCUGGUAUUAUGUUAGAAGAUCAAGUUAAUCCGAAGCGUUGUGGUCAUACCCGAGGAAAGUCUGUAGUUUCUCGAGAGGAAGCAGAGUUACGAAUUCGAGCUGCAGUAGAUGCAAGAGAAGAGAUGGGACAUGAUAUAGUGAUUAUGGCUCGAACAGAUGCUCUUUAUUCACAUUCCUUGGAAGAAGCCAUAGUUCGUAUGAAGCUUUUUCGAAAGCAUGGUGCGGAUAUUUUGUUUAUGGAAGCUCCUUCAUCUGUGGAACAAAUGAAAGUAUUUUGUCAACAAGUGGAAGGACCAAAGAUGGCAAAUAUGGUUGAACAAGGUACAACACCCAUUCUUCCGCCGAAGGAAUUGGCAGCUAUCGGUUACAAAAUUGCCGCUUAUCCAUUAACUUUACUAUCAGCCUCUAUGAAAGCCAUGGAAGAAGCUCUUGUAGCUCUUCAAUCUGGAGAUCCUCAAAAGGUACGACCAUUGUUACAUGAUUUCUCACAUGUUUGCGACAUGGUUGGAUUUGAUCAUUAUUAUGAAGAAGAGAAAAAAUAUGCCAUUUAGUGCUGUUUUUGAUAUUUGUGUAGAACGUAUUGAAUUGUUACUUUGUAAAGUUGGAUACUCUUUUAAACAGAGUUGUCGCUAUUCAAGUAGAAUACUGUCUUUUUUGCAUUU